GAAUAUAUAAUUAAUACAAUGCACUGUUUCCUGAAGAAUAUCUCUAGCUCACUGCUCAUGUACUCAUUACAAAAAACCAUCUCCAGCCAACUAGUUCUCAAUUACCUAUUUCUUCUCCCACAUAUCUGUCCUUUUGAUCAUCCAUUUGGCAUAUCAGAUGGCAUCUUAUCUGCGAUUCUUGUCUCUGGUAUCAUGACCAUCCAUUGACCUCUCCUCGCUUGUAUAAAUUCGCAAGCAUUUGCCUCCUACAUACACCACCCACCAUCACCUCCUGCCUCCCAUAUUUCCAAGUUCAGUACAGAUGGUGCAUGUCAAGUCCAAUUCAAGAGUAGCUGAAAUGAGCAAGGCAGAGCAACACUCCAAAGAAGUGGGAGUUGAUAUGAAAUUAGGAGUCGUUGCGAGUGGUAAACCACCAGCAGCAGCAGGAAGAAGGGCAGGUGGCUGGCUGGCUGGCAAUCUUCUGCUUGUGAAUCAAGGGCUGGCCACAUUAGCAUUCUUUGGGGUGAACGUCAACCUGGUGCUGUUUCUGACACGAGUGCUGCAACAGAGCAAUGCGGAUGCCGCAAACAACGUCAGCAAAUGGACGGGAUCUGUCUACAUCUUCUCCCUCGUCGGUGCAUUCCUCAGUGAUUCCUACUGGGGCAGAUACAAGACCUGUGUCGUCUUCCAACUAGUCUUCCUAUUGGGGCUGGCUUUGCUAUCCUUGUUCUCCAAUCUGUUCCUGAUCAGACCCACAGGCUGUGGCGAUCAGCAUACCCCCUGUGGAGCACACACCGGCUUUGAGGUGAAGCUGUUCUACUUGGCCAUCUACAUGGUGGCCUUGGGCAAUGGCGGCUACCAGCCAAAUAUUGCUUCCUUUGGGGCGGACCAGUUCGACGAGGAAGACCCUGUGGAAGCCCACUCCAAGAUCUCCUUCUUCGGAUACUUCUACCUCGCACUCAACUUGGGAUCUCUCUUUUCCAACACCUGCUUGAGCUACGUGGAGGACCAUGGCAUGUGGGCCCUCGGUUUUUGGGCCUCCAGCGUGUCGGCCUUCGUCGCGUUGGCCGUCUUCGUCGCCGGGACGCGUAACUACCGGCACCGGCCUCCGGUUGGGAAUCCGAUCUCUAGAUUCUGCCAGGUGGUGGUGGCGGCGGCGAGGAAAUGGAGGGUUAGGAUGCUGCCUCGUGGAGAGAAUCUGUACGAGGUGGACGGGAAGGAGCUUGUGGAAGUGGAAGUCAAAGGGUGGAGAAGAAGGAUCCUCCACACCGAGGGAUUCAGGUUUUUGGACCGAGCCGCGUUCAUCGACGAAUAUUCGGGCGAGUUAUCCUCCGGCAAUCCGUGGCGGCUGUGCACCGUGACGCAAGUGGAGGAGGUCAAGUGCAUCCUCCGCCUCCUCCCCAUCUGGCUCUGCACCAUCCCCUACUCCGUCGUGUUCACCCAGAUGGCGUCGCUGUUCGUCGUCCAGGGCGCGGCAAUGCGCCGCACCGUCGGCGGAUUCGCCAUCCCGCCCUCCACCAUGUCCGCCGUGGACAUACUCAGCGUCGUCGCCUUCAUCUUCCUCUACAAGCGCGUCCUUCGCCGCUUCGCCGCCCUCACGGAGCUCCGGCGGAUGGGCAUCGGCCUUGUCGUCGGGGCGGCCGCAAUGAUCGCCGCCGGCCUAGUCGAGCGCUUCCGCUUGAGGAACGCCUCCGACAACGGGAACGCCAGCUCUCUGCACAUCGCGUGGCAGAUGCCGCAGUAUGCGUUGAUCGGUGCGUCGGAGGUGUUCAUGUACGUCGGCCAACUCGAGUUCUUCAAUGGGCAGGCGCCCGACGGGCUGAAGAGCUUCGGAAGCGCCCUCUGCAUGACCUCCAUGGCCUUCGGUAACUUCGUCAGCGACCUGAUCGUGACCGCGGUCGUAGGAGUAACGUCGAGUGGCGGCCGCCGGCCUGGGUGGAUUCCGGCGAACCUGAACGAGGGGAACUUGGACCGCUUCUUCUUCUUGUUGGCGGUUCUGAGCGGCAUCGAUCUGGUGAUCUACGUGGCUUGCGCAAAUUGGUACAAGGGAAUCGAGGUGGAAGGGAAGUGUGGCAAAGGCAGUGGAAAUCUCCAUGUCUGAGUUGUAUUAUUAUAUAAAGCAUCAACAUAUUACAGAGUAGACGAUGACGAAAGAAAACUCGAGAAGCAGAUGA